AUGAUGAAAGUAGCGCUAUCGAUAUUACUUUUGCUUCUCCCAUCAUACGCAGUUGCAACAGGAAUGGAUGAACCUUUACCACCAGCCAUUGAAUCUAUUACAGGAAAAUUGAAAACAGCAAAUGAUGCUCACAAUAAAUAUUUAAAUAUUAUAAAUGAAGUUUUAUCAAAGAAAGAAGAGAAUUUUGCUUUUUCUGUUUCCACUAGUGGAUAUAAAUGCACAUUUAAUAAAUUUGAUAUCAUUGUUGACAAUUCUUCAAAGGCUGUAAACUCUUUAUUUGUUGAAGAUAAUGAAGCGCUAAUAAAAGAUGCUAUAAAUGAAUAUAAAUUGCGUUUAAUGCUUGAAUUGGAUCAUUUGAAACCUCCACAUAUUAACUUGAAAAAUCUUAAGAAGGAUUUUCAAGGUAUUUGUUUGAAAUAUUUUACAGAUUUAAGAAUGAAAUUUUUCCACAUAUACAGGAAUGAUGGAGUAACAGGAAAUAAUAAUAAUAUUAGUGAUGAGGGUUCGAAUAAUGAAAACCAAUUACCAUCAAACUAUGAAUCUUCUUUAUCUGAUUCUGAUGUAUCUAGUGAUGAAAAUAGAGACUUGUCAGAAGUAACUGAAGAUGGAAAAAAUGAAAAUAAAAACCCACAAAUUACUAGUAGCUAUUCUUUUUCAUCCCACAGUUCACAUAAAGUAGUACAAAAUGGUAAAGAGAUAUUAAAUGAAAAUGACGAAAGCAAUGUUAGUAGUGACGAUGAAGAUCAUGCAUCAUUAGGACCUAUGACAAAAGAAAAAGCACUUGAAAUUUUCUUAAAAAAUACAGCAUUUGAAAUUGAAGGAUAUUGCACAGAAGAACAACCAAAAGAAAAACCAUUCAUUGUUUAUUUUACUGGUAAUCUAAGUAGAAAUCACAUAGCAACUGCGUGUAAUACUACAGGAAAAAAUCAUUUAAGAGGAGCUGAUGGAAAACUUUUACCUAUUCAACCAUUAAGUGCAGAUGAUAUGAAUAGGAUGAUGAGCGAUAUGUUUAAAUUUUUUGAAAGUCAGAAAGAUGCACAACAAUUAUUAUUUCCCAUACUUGAUAAAUUUAACAUGUUGGGUUCACUUGAAAAUAUGGGAUUUCCGGAAGAACUAGAUUUUGAUAGCUUACUUAAUAAUUUACCAGAUUCCACAACCCAGGGAGGUAAUAAUAGUGGCGGUAGACGUAAUAAACCAGAUAGCCGAAUUCCACUAGACGACUCUAAUGAUGAAGACCAGAACAAUUAG